AUGCUGCGGCUCCCCAGGGGAGUGUCCCCCGCCCCGGGGAGGGGGGGCACCGCCCUCCCGGCCCCCGCUCCCCACCACCACCCGAAGAAGGUCAUGUCGGUGAUGGGCUCCUGCGAGCGGGGGGCUUCCAGCAUGAGCAGCCCCCCGUUAUCCAGCGGCUGCUUCACCCAGGUCUACACGCCGGCGGCUGUCAGCGGCCCCGCUGCCCGCAGGGGGUGUUUCUAUGACACCCCCCAGGGCCCCGAGCUCAGGACCCUCGGCUCAGCCUCGGCGGGACGGCUGCCGGCCAAGAGGAAGCUGGACCUGGAGGGCCCCGAAUUUCGCACGCCCAAGGGGAAGGGCCGGACGCUGGCGCAGGUCCCCAGCCCCAGGACCCCCAAGUCUCCUGGGGAGAAGACCCGCUACGACACCUCCCUGGGGCUGCUCACCAAAAAAUUCAUCCGCCUGCUGAACGAGUCCCCCGACGGCGUCGUGGACCUGAACCGGGCGGCCGAGGUGCUGGAGGUCCAGAAGCGCCGCAUCUACGACAUCACCAACGUGCUGGAGGGCAUCCAGCUCAUCCGCAAGAAGUCCAAGAACCACAUCCAGUGGAUGGGGACGGGGAUCUUCGAGGACGCGGCGGUGACGGCGAGGCAGCAGGUGCUCAGGGGGGAGCUGGCUGAGCUGGCCAGGACGGAGAGGACGCUGGAGCAGCUUGUGCAGGACUGUGCCCUGCAGCUCCGGCAGCUGGUGGAAGAUGAGGCCAACCAGAGGCUGGCAUAUGUCACCUACCAGGACCUCCGUGCCAUCAGCAGCUUCCAGGAGCAGACAGUGAUCGCUGUGAAGGCUCCCCCAGAGACGCAGCUGGAGGUGCCAGACUUCAGCGAGGACAACUUCCAGCUCCACCUGAAGAGCACCAACGGCCCCAUCGAGGUGUACCUCUGCCCGGAGAUCACGGAGGAGAGCCCCACCAAGGACCACCCCGGCCCCUACGCUGCCACCUCCCCACGGGACCACGCCAUCCCCCUUUCCCCACCAAACAGCUCCAGACCAGCCCCACAGCUGCCCCACGCCACCCCCCAGGGCUGGGGGGGCACAGGAACCCCCUCCUCACCCUCAUCUCUGCCUCUCACCAUCCCGGGGGGGCCCAGCUCGCUGCUGGAGGUGGAGCCUGGGCUCCUGGGCUCUCCUGCCCACCUCCUGCAGCAGACAGAGGACCAACUGCCCUGCACCCCCUCCCAGCUGGACUUUGGACCCUUCAUUGCCUUCUCGCCCCCCCUGGAACAGGACGAUUAUCUCUGGGGGCUCGAGGGCGAGGGUGUCACUGACCUCUUUGAGGCCUAUGACCUGGGGGACCUGCUGAAGCCCUGAGUGUCCCCCCCGGGCUCCACUGCCUUUGACCCCACUGGUCACUUGUGU